UGGUUUUAAUUCACUGAUAACCCUGGAUCAAUCUCAACUAAUCUCAAUCUCUUGCCCUCUCUCUCAGGCGUCUCUGAUAACAGAGUAUGCUGCGGUGGUGCAACCAAUCCAGCUGGCCUUCCAGCAGCAGAUCCAGUCUUUAAAUACCCAGCACGAAGAGUUUGUGGGCAGCCUAAAGCAGCAGCCGCAGCCUUCCCCUGCAGCACAGCUAGCUCCCCUGGUUGAGCCUGAAAAGGCCCCGCCUAUGACCAUAAAAGCUGGGGAUGUGAAGCCGACCAUGUCGGUACUUCCUCCAGGGGAGUUUGAUGGGGCUCCAUCCAGACCACAGGACCCCAGCAACCCCAGUGGACCUUCAGAUAUCACUUCUAACAAACCUGCGUGGUAUGACACCCAGCACGUGGGCCCCUGGAAUCCCAACCAGCCGCCUCCUUUUGACCCAAACCAGCCUCCCCCUCCUUGCCCUCCUUGGAACAGCCAUGAGGGGAUGUGGAAUGAGCAGAGGGACCCAGGAAAUUGGAGUGGAGGUCCACCCAGAGAAGGAGGCUCCUGGAGCGGUCCUGGUGGGUCUGACCAAGGCCCUCCAUCUUGGAAUUCAUAUGAUCAGCAGCCGCCAUGGGGGAACCAGCCUGACCAGCCUCCAUGGGGCCAGAGGGAGCCCCCAUUUCCUCCACGCAUGCAGAGACCUCCCCAUUUCAGAGGGCCCUUCCCUCCACACCAGCAGCCACCUCCUUUCAACCAGCCCCCACCACCACACAGUUUCGGACGCUUUCCUCCACGCUUUAUGCAGGACGACUUUCCUCCCAGACACCACUAUGACAGGCCGCCGUACACCCCGCACCACUUUGACUAUGCUCAGGGAGAUUAUCCUGCAGACAUGCCCGGUCCUCCCCACCACCAUCCCAGUCAGAGACUCCCUCCCCCAGGUAUGGGGGCCGAUCAUCCUCCCUGGGGUGGAGGCCAGCACCCGGAUUUUGGCCCACCCCCACACGGCUUCAAUGGCCAUUCCCCCCACGUUCGUCAUCGUCAGCAGCCAGUGCAAGAUGACCCCAGUCUGGUGCCUAACGUACCCUACUUUGACCUGCCAGCUGGUCUCAUGGCUCCACUAGUUAAACUUGAGGACUGUGAUUAUAAACCUCUGGACCCUAAAGACAUCCGGCUGCCCCCUCCCAUGCCACCUAGUGAUCGCCUGCUAGCUGCUGUGGAAGCUUUCUACAGCCCUCCAUCCCACGAUCGGCCCAGGAACAGUGAAGGCUGGGAGCAGAACGGCCUGUAUGAGUUCUUCAGGGCUAAGAUGAGAGCCAGGAGAAAAAAGGGACAGGAGAAACGCAACAGUGGUCGUGGAGGUAGUCGCUCCAGUAGUCACUCUCGCAGCAGAGGGAGAUCUUCAUCUCGCUCAAGCUCUCGCUCCUCAAAGUCCUCCAGGUCACAGUCUCGUUCAUCCCGCUCCCAGUCCCGCAGCCGCUCUCGCUCCUACUCACGAUCCAGGUCUACAAGCACACAUAUAUCACAC